UCACUAGUGCGAAUCAUCCCAUGGAGCCCAUCGCUAGACAAACACGUCUCAUCGUCGUAGCGAUUUUAUUCGCAUUCGGCUGCUGUGACGAGCACGAAUAUAGGCUGACCAAGUAUCUCCUCGAGGGCUACGAUGCGGCUGUCCGACCAGCAGAAAAUUCCUCUGAACCAUUGGCCGUCAUUUUUGGCUUAUCUCUCCACCACAUUAUCGACGUCGAUGAGAAAAACCAAAUACUAACCACCAACUGCUGGGUCACUCAAGCCUGGACAGAUCAUCACCUGAAGUGGAACGCCUCAGAAUUUGCCGGGAUCAGGGUGAUUCGCGUCCCUUACAACCGAGUUUGGCGACCGGACACAAUUUUGUACAACAACGCCGAUCCUCAGUACAGUUCGGCAGUUAUCAACACGAAUGUGAUUGUUAGCCACACGGGUGAAGUGAUAUGGCUAAGUCACGGGAUAUUUCGCAGCAGCUGCGACAUCGACGUAGAAUUUUUUCCCUUCGACGAGCAACGAUGCGCCCUGAAGUGGGCCUCGUGGACAUACGACGGUUACCAGCUGGAAUUGGAAAAGCAGAGCGAACAGGGCGACGUUAGUAAUUACCAGGCAAACGGGGAAUUCGAUCUGGUGGAUUUCUCGGCGAGGAAAAACAUCCAGUUUUACUCCUGUUGCCCUGAACCUUAUCCUGAUAUCACGUACGAAAUUCGCCUGCGACGUCGUCCCAUGUUCUAUGUUUUCAACCUGAUUCUACCCUGCCUACUUAUCAAUGGAAUCGCUCUUCUCGUUUUCUACGUGCCCUCGGAAUCUGGCGAAAAGGUCACCCUCGGCAUAUCGGCCCUUCUCUCGAUGACCGUCUUUCUCAUGACGAUUCGUGAGACUCUGCCACCGACGGAGAAAACGCCUCUGAUAAGUCUUUAUUACGGUGUAAGUAUUUGCCUGGUGUCCUUCGCAUCCGGCCUGGCAGUGGUCACGUUGAAUUUACACCACCGAGGUGUGAGGGGUACCAGAGUUCCGGCGGUGGUGAGGUCCUUGGUCCUCGAGAAAUUGGCACGUGUUGUAUUUCUCAAUUUCCAUGAGGAUAUGCCCGAGCCGACAAGGAAAAAGAAAUGCCCUCUUCACUGCAAACCGGAUAUCAGUCCACCGGCUUCGUCUCAGGUCCAAAUGUCGCCAAAAUAUCUGCCCAGGAGGAAUGACAGUGCGAACAGCAGCCCAGAAGCUGGCAUCGAGGCCCAAUGGUCCCGGGUUCUGGGUCGGGUUCAUGCCACAAUCGACAGAAACGAACGUCGAUUAACGGAGCAGGAACGUAGGGAGAGAACGGAGCUGGAAUGGAAGCAGGUCGCUUUGGUCAGCGAUCGGGCUUUGCUCUGCAUUUUCUUUCUCACGACGAUAAUCAGCACGACGGUUAUCCUCUGCGGAUCACCACCGACAGAUCCGAUCAAAUGAAACAUGAGAUACCAAUUUUAGUAUGUAUCGUCGAGUGCGAUCUACACCUCUUGGGUAUGAUUUUAACGUUCAAAAUCGCAAUUUUUUUGUCCAAUAACACUGCGCACCAAUCUGCAUGAGAAUGCAUGCGAUAACGAAAAUUAAGGUCUUAUCCACGUUGCAAAAGUUUUUUUAUUCAGAGAACGUAACGCGUUUAAUUCGAUUAAAGGGAUUUCAUUUAAUCCGGAGAGUCGGGCAUGCUGGGUGCAACGCUUGAAGCGUUUAUAUACGCCAUUCGCGUACGGCAAUUAAGAAACUAGUUAUCCAGGUACGCGCAGAAGUUGCAGCUGCAUGCUAAACAUUUUUAAUUAGUGGAUUGAAUGGGUGUAUACUUGAGUUUUACGUGAUCAAGAAAUUAUCGUGUGUACUUCGAAUAAAUAUACCACUCUAGCUGGUAUAACGUUAAAUGGGCUACAUGUCGGUGUAAUAUUUAUGAAUACUAAAUACAUGUGUAAUUGUGAUGUUUCUUCAACUUGUAAGCGUAAGAAGUUGUAUUCGUUCAUGCUAAUGAACUUUC